AUGCCCCCAGCGGCUCUCCUCAGGAUCAGUGGUGCCCCCAGAGGCGGUGGCGCACUUAAGGGCUGCGUGACAGUGUCCCCUGGGGCCCUCGUAUUUGUCCUACCAGGUGCGACGCCCCAAGGGGCUCUGUCAGGGGUGUUGGCGCCCCCAGGAGCCCUAUCAAGGAAGGGGGCGCCCCCAGGGUCCCUGCCAGAGGUGAUGGCGCCCCCAGGGGCCAUGCUAGAGGCGGUGGCUCCCUCAGAGGCCCUGCCAAGGGAAGUGGCGCCCCCAGAGGCCCACCCAGUGAACAACGGCGCUCCCAGGGGACCUCUGAGACGUAACGGCGCUUCCAGGUCUCACGAACGGUGGAGGCCUCAGGGGACUUGA